AUGGCGACGCGCUUCGGCAUGGUCGCAAGAGCUGCAGGCUGUGCUCUGGCUGUGUUAAAGCCGGGAGGGAGACUCUGUUUACGGCAGAGAACCAGCCUGUUCCUCUCCCCGGGCCGCUGGGCGCACGGAGCCCGCAGCAGCCUCUACCAGCACGGCCUGGACGGAUACAGCGACAAGCCGGAGCUGGACAUGAGACCCGUCUGUGAGGAGACCGACAAAGUCAUCGCUAAUGUGGAGAACAGGAAGGGAGAGCUGCGGGGGGACGACGUCCGGAGGAUAGUGUGUGUGUGGCAGGAGCUGCAGGCGGUGAGGACGGAGAUCUCUGGUCUGGAGCUGCAGAAGAGACUCAUCAGUGACACAGUCAAAGUAUUAGUGGCCAACAACGACAAGAAAGCCCUUGGCAGUCUUCCAGAGUACAGCCAGGCUCUGCAGACGGGCCGAGAGAUCCGCAUCAGACUCAAUGAGCUCUACUCCAGAGAGACGGAGCUGGACCAGGAGCACUACGGCCGGGCCCUCCGCCUGCCCAACACCUCCCACCCUGAUGUGCCAAUUGGAGAUGAGAGCCAGGCGAGGGUGGUGGAGCUGGUUGGACAGAAACCAGUUUUUGACUUUAAGCCCAGAGGCCACGUGGAGCUGGGGGAGGAGCUAGGACUCAUCAGGCAGAGACAUCUAGCUCAUGUGUCAGGUCACAGGUCUUAUUAUCUGAGGGGGGCCGGAGCCAGACUCCAGACCGCUCUGCAGAACUUUGCCCUCAACAAACUGCAACAACUGGGCUUCAUUCCCAUGGUGGUGCCUGACAUGCUGAAGGGGGCCGUGUUCGAGGGCUGUGGGAUGCAGCCUAACGCCCAUCGCUCCCAGGUCUACUCUCUGGACCCGGCCCGCUUCCCAGACCUGAACCUGGCCGGGACCGGAGAGGUCGGGGUGGCAGGUUAUUUCAUGGAUCAUGCAGUAAACUGGAAGGACCUGCCUGCCAGGACGGUGUGCAGCAGCACCUGCUACCGCUCAGAGACGGACACGGGGAGAGAAGCCUGGGGGCUCUACAGGGUCCACCACUUCAACAAGGUAGAGAUGUUUGGAGUGACCGCAGAUGAGAGCGGAGCAGAGAGCACUCAGCUGCUGGAGGAGUUCAUCUCUCUACAGAAAGAGAUUUUCUCUGCACUGGAACUACACUACAGAGUACUGGACAUGCCAACGCAGGAACUGGGUCUUCCAGCACACCGGAAGUAUGACAUCGAGGCCUGGAUGCCUGGGAGGGACAGCUAUGGAGAGAUUUCCAGUGGGUCCAACUGUACAGACUACCAGAGCAGACGGCUCAACAUCCUGUAUGAGAGAGAGGACGGCAGCCUGCAGUACGCCCACACAGUGAACGCUACAGCGUGUGCCAUCCCCAGAACCAUCAUCGCCCUCCUGGAGACCCACCAGACCAAAGAGGGAACGGUGCGUGUCCCCCCAGCCCUGCAGCCCUUCUUGGGCCUGGAAGAGAUCCAGAAGCCAAAGGAGACUCCGCUGAGGUACAUCGGACCCAACCAGCACAGCCGACCCCCCAGACCUGCUCCCAAGACCACAUGACACAGACCCGAGCCCCGAGGUGGGAGCCACUCCACUUACAGACUGCAGAUAUUCAACAUAAAUGUUUUUUAAUGAUCUCCACUGUUGGAUCAGACCAUACCGACAGACUGUAAAUAUAUUUAUGUCUUGCUUUGCUUAAUGCCAUGACAUUGUGAAUAAAAGCCAGAAUAUGUGCUGCCCAGGACCACAAUAAGGAAUAACCAAUAAAGAUUAAAAAAAAAGCUU